AUGGAACAAAAACAAGAGCAUCACCUUGUGAAGAUCGUCGAAAAUCCCAGGAAAGACAGUGUGCUAGUUGCCUCAAGCUACAGCGUCAGCAUCACUGUGGAUGGUAUUGAAGUUGCCAGUGGUCUAGAACUCGUGGACCCUUUCGAUGAUGAAGAAGAGAAUGAAUGCCGUUGGUAUCUCGAGCGUUAUGCUACCCAAUCACCAUAUUCGGCCUCGAGGAGCUCGGCCGUGCAAGAUGCCCUGAAACAUUAUGCAAAGAACCUAUCAGAACAACUACAUCUGACACGGCAUCUGCAGGAUAUCUGUGGAAGCCAGCAGCAAACUUCAGUGGUUCUCGAGAUACUUGAAGCCAGUGACCGUGGUCCUACCUCUGUGUCUUCGAUACAUCAGCUACAUUGGGAAGUUUUGGAGUCUCCGUCUGUCUGGCCUGCUUCGACACGACCUAUCGUUACUGUUGUGAGACAGCUAUAUGGAGAGUCCCCUGCUUCUGGGCAGCUCAAGUCACCCCUAGAGUCGUAUAACGUCGGACAGACUUUCAAUAUUCUACUUGUGGUUGCUCGGGACACGCGCCAACAAAUGGAGGUUGAGCACGACCUGGCCAUCCGACCACUACUCGAUAUCAAGGAUGAGUUGGACAGUCUCGCAAAUCACGUCAGAAUCAAUGUGGAGGUAGUGCGUCCGGGUACAUUUGGUGCUCUUCAGGAUCACCUGGCAGCCUCCAAACGCCUUCGCGGCCGUAAGUAUUACCACCUCGUACACUUUGAUCUACACGGAAAAGUCAGAAUCUCGAGCAAAUCCAAGACCAAGACGGCAUUCUUAUAUUUUGCGUCGGGGCUGAAUGGAGAAAUGCUAGUCCCAGUUCGAGCUCGUACAGUCGCGCGUCUACUAGCGGAAAACGACAUUCCUAUGGCGGUGCUGAAUUCGUGCGAAUCGGCCACGGCCAACAAAGGGGACGAAGCCAACCUUGCCCGGACUUUUGUGCACUGUGGGAUUCGCAAUGUGGUCGCUAUGUCGUACACGAUCCUCGCGGGUGCUGCUGCACUAUUUCUGAGGAUGUUCUAUUUGUCGCUGCUCAAGGAUCGGGUUAGUGCGAUUGUCGCGGUGAGAAGGGCACGAUCCGAAAUCCGUACAAAUUCUGUACGACCGUGCCGCUUUGGUCUCAUGCGGCCAGUCCAAGAUUGGUUUGUGCCGGUGGUCUACUGCCAGGCCAACAGUACAUACGUCGCCUGGAGUGGACCCAGCUCUGCGAAUUUGCGCAUGGAAGCCUCGCCCAAUACAGUCCUGGAGGAGAGAUUCAUCGGCAGGCAGCAUGAGCAGCUGAGGCUGGAGACACUACUGACAAGAUCGAACUUUGUCUAUCUCUGGGGGCCUGCCGGUGUCGGUAAGACACUGCUGAUCAGACACAUGUCCAAGAUAUGGACGCAGACGGGGUUCUGCGACCAGUAUACCUAUGUUGACUUUGCGGAUGCUUCUCAGGCUGAGACGAUGCAGCUAUUGGCUGGUUUUGCUUACGAAUUUGCCCCAGAGGUCGCUAACCAAGUCCAACAAGCCUCACAGGAUGCUCUUGCCGAUAUCUCGGUCGACAAAUACUGGGCGAGGAAAGACCCAAAGCCUUGGAGCCGCAGACUCCUGGUUGUUGACGGCUUAGACAUUCUGUGCUCUUCUACAGACGCCGGAGAGCCCUAUCAAAGCAAUAGAGACGACAUUACUCUAGUUGUCAAGACCAUUCUAACAAGUCUGUUAGAGCUCGCUUCCAAUGAUGUUGCUGUCACGAUUGUCGUGAUUGGUCGGCAAGCAGAACUUCAAUGGUGUGAGGCGGUUCUACCAAGCAACAAUCUGCCAGAGAAAUUUGGCCUCUCUGGACUAUGCUUGUCCGAUGCUCUGGAAUACGCCCAAGGAGUGGUGCGGUCAUUUACCCCUCAGUAUGCAAUUCUGAACCGCAAAGAUACCGAUGUUCUCGAGCAAUUGGUCCGAUUGUUACAGUUCAAUCCACUAGCAAUUCGAGUUGUCUUUCAAUACAUAUGUCGCAGUGGCGUGCCGAUACGAGCCGCAUAUGAUAUGGUGCAUUUCGGCAGGAUACCUAUCUGCGAUAUGGAGCUCUCCCUGUCCUCUAGAUUUGUUGACCAUGAUCUGAAAGUGUAUUUACGAGGGGAGCAAGAAGGACUCAGCGCGCGAGUCUUCAGCUUCCUAUCCAUUUACUGGGUCCAUUCCUUGAACCUGAAAGACUCGGCCCCAGACUCUCUGAAGCCAGCCUUCGAAGUUAAAGGUGUGAAUUCGGAAUCGAUACGCCCAGAAAUCCGCGAUUUCUUUGCGAGUACUGGGAGAUUCAUGGAAGUGCUACUGCUUACACAAAAUGUGGGCAUUGAGAGGUCUUUGUCAUUUGGCAUUGACAGGGGCUUCUUCUCGGUGGAUUCGUCUGGCGAUAUGAAUUGGAUCCAUCCACUGUUCACAAUCUUUGCCAGAUCGCAUACCUUCUUGGAAUCAAUCAGACAAUCGUCUUUCCAGUCUACGGGACUUGUACAUUUUCUGGACUGGUGCUACGAUGAUCAAGCUGGAACACAGCUUGAUGAUGCUGCAUUGAAAGAGUGGUUCAAACUUUACGUCUCGGUCUUCGACUACACUUUAAUUCAUGUGGCUUAUGGUAUGUGCCUGGGCGGUAUCAACAGCGCUAGGGCGGAGACUAUCUACAGGCCGCUCAUGUACAACGUCAUGACGGGUGCCCAUCUCUGCUCAUCCUCGAAGGGGAUACUGUUGUCCGACCUGUGGCCAGACGAGACCUUCGGAGCAUUAGCGACGAUCUAUCCCAGUCUCUGCACUGACGGAGAAGCGGCCACAGUGGCCCUGGUAUACGAACGGCUUCUUCGUCUGUUCCUCAAGCAGAAUAACAGCAUGGUAAUACCGCCUCAGCAUCAGCGGUUCAUCUUCUAUCUGAGCAACAGUCUGCACAUCCUGCAUAGAAUGUUCCCAAUCUCCCCGAACCAGGAGUCUACCCUUCUGAAGCUCACUCGUGACAUCAUGCAUGCAACGGAAAAGCGAUACGGCUUGAAUGGAAAGCUUUUCGAUGCUUUCGCUCUUGCGGAAUUCAAUCAUGCUGGGAAGUUGCUUCAGAUGGGCCAUUUCGAGGAAGCGGAUGCAACGUGGAGAGUUGUUGAAGAACAGAGGCGAAACCAAAUCUCGUAUCACAAUAAUAAGGGCAAAAACAACCCUCCGAUGGACAAAAGAGUUGUUCAGUAUUUGAUCGACGACGUCUCCGCCAAAUACUCGGAGAUACAAGGCGCUGCCAUAAAAGUCGCAAGAAUGACGGCUGCAUUUCCAGGAGUAGAACAGGAUGUCGACGCAUUCCCUGCGCUCAAUUCCAUGUGGAAGGCCGUGAGAAAGAUCUUCUCGCACGGGCCCGGAAGCGAGACGGACUGUGCAUCUAAGGUCGCUGCCGAUGAUUUAGCAUUGAUGAUUCGACAGGCACAGUCUACUGGAAUGCAUGAUAUGGAGCUUCAGGGUCGAUUCGUGAAAUACCACGGAGACCUGUCAGCUUUCAUCCAUGCACAAGACGAUCAAACACUUUCACUUCGGGAUCUGGAAGAAGCGAUCAACUUCAGUGAUCCUAAGGCCACAGCUCAGCAACAUGGCACGCUAAUUAGAACUUGCAUCAAGGAAUUAGAUAUUGAUGGCGCUCUCCUGCACCUCGAUUCACUAUUGGCGAUCCACGCGAGCACGUUAGACGAUACCACCGAAGUUCUGGCGUUAGUUGAUAUUCGGAAGCAAGAGCAAGCGCUGGUGGACUCGAAAGACCAAACCACCUAUCUCGCCCAAAGCAUCGAGUCCCAUAUAUUGAUGCAACAGAUGAUAAGUGCAGCCCGGCGUCUGAGCACCUACAACAUCGACGAAGUCCCUGCAGGCUUGAAAGGAUAUCUUGAAUGUCUGAACGAAAUGAGAAAUGGACUGCACGUCAUCUCACGACUUUCAAUGUUCGACGACAAUACCCCUGAAGAAGCCGAGACCAUCAGAUAUGAACGCAUGAAGAUGCUGGCGAAGUUCUGGAAAACACCGACCAAUGCAGAUACGCCCGAUCUUGAAACCGAGCUGACAAAGAUGCAAGAGCACUAUGAAGCCAUGUCGACCGCCCUGAGUGCCGGUAACUACGAUGAAGCAGAUGCCAAACUCGACCAACUAGCAGAAAUCUGCUCCCAGAUAACUUUCCCAUCGAUUGUUCCCGCAGAGAUCGCAAAGCUUCGCGCAAUAAUUCUUCACGAACGUGAGCAAGUGGGAGUGCCAAAGGCCUACGACAAAGCUAUUGACGACGAGGCAUGGGAAGUCGCUCUCGAACGAUUGCAAGAACUCAGAACCCUGCAACGUCUGGGAAAGUUUCCUACUUUGACAGUCGAGUCACUCAACGAAACCCGGCACGAACUGUGGGCACUUGCCUGGUCGAAGCUGGCCACAGCAGCCGGCAAUAGUCUCGACGCGGGUGAGAUUACGGUUGCGAACGAGACUCUUCAAAGACUCCGCAGCCUGCAUGGCUCAGAGCUCUUUGAGGACCAGCCUGCUAGCGACUAUGAACAACAGGCACUGGCACUCGACUAUCUCCGAGCGAUCAUAUCAGUGAGUACCGAGCUCUCUCAGAACAACUUGAGCGAGGCCGGCUCUUUCGCUGAGGAGGCCAUACGAGCAUUUCAUCUCAGCGGGCAGACCGAGAGCUCCUCUUUGGCCUGGCUGUUCAAGGUCAAAUGGUUGGCUGAUUUGGUGCCCUAUAUGGCGAAGAUGAGAGAAAUUGCUACAACGGAAGAUCAUGAGGAGGAUGAGCUUACAUUGGUAAUUGGACAGCUCAUGUUACAUCUUGACGAUGCACCGGAAUUGGUUGAUCGGCCGCUUUUGGAGUCGUUGGGCGGGAUACCCACGGUGUUGUUGGACUACUUCUCCAGCAGAGCGGAUAGGUCCCAGCUGGAUAAUGAGGUUGGUGAGCAGUAG